AUGACAUCAGUGGUGAGAGCUUCGGAUAGGAGUUCGAAUGAAACAGGUGUAUCUCGAACAAAUGCAGAACAUAUUGCUGUAAUUCAAGAAUUUUUAACAAAAUUUUAUCUACAUGAGAUAACUUUUGUGGUUCAUCUAAAUAAUGUCUAUUCUAUGUAUGAUGUUGAACGUGUUGAACGAAUUACGUCACAAUUACGAUUAACAUUUGGAACUGAACAUGAUGUUAACCAUGUACGUGGUCUUAUUGACUUCUUUUCGGAUCGGACUCGACAACCACAAGCGUGGCAUCAUAUUAAUAUUGAACGGCAUUUAUUGACUGAUGCUGCUGCUCAUCAUAUGGAACCAUUUAUAGCAAUAUGUCAAGUAUGUAAUCAAUAUUUAAGUAUGAAAAAUUGUAAUAAGACGAUGGUUUACAUUUGUUAUCAACGUGGAAAAGUGCUACCAGUAUCGGGAGUAAUACCUAAAACAGCUGUUUAUGAUGAUGGAUGUCAUUUGGUUGAAUAUCUACAUAACCAUAUUGGUAAAGAUCUGAUUGCAACAAAUGCUGCAAAGGAGCUCGCUCAAGUGAAAUUUAGUGUAGAUAGAACACAUUUUCGCAACCAUGUGGGAUCUUGGUGUCGAGCUAAUAUGAAUCCAGACAAUAAUCCAUGUAAGUUGUUUUCACUUUCUUGA